AUGGCCCAUCCGGAAGGAAAAAUAGAAGAUGUGCUAGUACAGGUUGACAAGUUAAUUUUUCCAGCUGAUUUCAUCAUCCUAGACUAUGAAGCUGAUAGAGAUGUGCCUAUUAUCUUGGGUCGACCAUUCCUUGCUACUGGGAGAACUCUGAUUGAUGUGCAAAAUGGGGAGCUCACAAUGAGGGUGAAUGACCAAAAAGUCACCUUUAAUGUGUUCAAUGCUAUGAGAUUUCCGGAUGAGAUAGAAGAGUGCUCCCGCAUAAGUGUGAUUGACUCUAUUGUGGCAGAAAGAUUUCACAAGGAAGCUUGGAAGGAUAAGAAGUUUAUAAGUUCUUUUGAUGAACUUGAAGACUUGAGUGACGAUGAGGACAACCAAGUUGCUUGGGUGGAGCCAUUGCAACCUAUUCCUAAAUUCAAGAAGCCCUUUGAAUCUUUGGAGCUAAAGGAAAGUAAUUUCAAGCCUCCAAAUCCCUCCAUCCAAGAACCACCAAAGUUGGAGUUGAAACCCUUGCCAAGCCAUCUGAAGUAUGCCUAUUUGGGGGAGAAUGACACGCUACCAGUUAUUAUAGCAGCAAACUUGGUAGUUGAAGAUGAAGGUGCCUUGCUAGAGGUGUUAAAAAAGCAUAAAAAAGCAAUCGGGUGGACUAUGGCGGACAUAAGGGUUAUUAGUCCAACGAUUUGCACGCACAAGAUACUUUUAGAAGCUGGUUGUAGCAAUUCUAUUGAGCAUCAACGAAGAUUGAAUCCCGUAAUGAAAGAAGUGGUGCGAAAAGAAGUGAUCAAGUGGCUAGAUUAUGGUAUUGUGUACCCAAUUUCGGAUAGCUCAUGGGUUAGUCAUGUUCAAUGUGUGCCCAAGAAAGGAGGAGUCACGGUGGUGGCUAAUGAGAACAAUGAGUUGAUUCCUACUCAAACCGUGACCGAUUGGAGGAUUUCUAUAGCACCAGAAGAUCAAGAGAAAACCACCUUCACUUGUCCAUAUGGCACCUUUGCCUUUAGGAGGAUGCCAUUUGGCUUGUGCAAUGCUCCCGCGACUUUCCAAAGGUGUAUGAUGGCUAUUUUCUCGGAUAUGGCUGAGAGUAUUUUGGAGAUAUUCAUGGAUGAUUUCUCUAUCUACGGGGAUUCAUUUGGGGUUUGUUUGGAGAAUUUGGAAAGAGUGUUAGCAAGAUGUGAAGAAACCAACCUGAUGCUUAAUUGGAAGAAAUGCCACUUCAUGGUUCAAGAGGGUAUUGUGUUGGGUCACAAAGUGUCUAGCAAGGGGAUAGAAGUUGACAAGGCAAAGCUAGAAGUGAUUGAGAAGUUACCAGCCCCUACCACGGUGAAAGGCAUAAGAAGCUUCCUUGGACACGCGGGUAACUAUAGACGCUUCAUUAAAGACUUUUCUAACGUGUCUAAACCCUUGUGUAGCUUGCUGGAACAAAAUAGGCCAUUUGAGUUUACCGCUGAAUGUAAUGAAGCAUUUUUGAAGUUGAAGACAGCUCUUGUUACGGCUACCGUGAUUGUAGCAUCCGAUUGGUCAUUGCCCUUUGAACUCAUGUGUGAUGCAAGUGAUUUUGCUAUUGGGGCUGUUAUUGUGUACACUGACCACUCGGCAAUCAAGUAUUUGAUAGCCAAGAAAGAUUCUAAACCGAGGGUCAUUUGUUGGGUUUUGUUGUUACAAGAGUUCGAUUUGGAAAUCCAAGGUAGAAAAGGGAUAGAAAACAAAGUGGCGGACCAUCUCUCUAGGUUGGAAACUAACAAUCACAGCACCCACUUGGAGGGAGAAUUACAAAUUCGAGACUCAUUCCUAGAUGAGCAACUGGUAGUGGUAGAGCAAACACGGGUACCAUGGUAUGCAGACAUUGUCAAUUACUUAGUUGGAGGUGCCUAUCCACCUGAUUUUACCAAGCAGCAGCUCAAAAAGUUCCUUCAUGACAACAAGUUUUAUUUUUGGGAUGAGCCAUACUUGUACAAGCAGUGCCCGGAUCGUAUAAUGCGGAGAUGUGUGCCAACAAGUGAAGUCAGAAGCAUCUUGGAGCAUUGUCAUUCAGCCCCAUAUGGUGGCCAUUUUGGUGGACAACGCACGACUCCCAAAGUGGAAGCAAUAGCUAGUCCAACUAAUGAUGCCAAGGUGGUGAUGAAAUUUUUGCAUAGGAAUGUUUUCACAAGAUUUGGGACACUGAGAGCGUUGAUUAGUGAUGAAGGGACACACUUUGUGAACAAAGUCUUGGGUACCUUUUUAGCCAAGUAUAGUGUGAAGCACAAAAUAGCCACCGCUUAUCACCCACAGACCAACGGGCAAGCUGAAAUUUCCAAUAGAGAAAUCAAAGGAAUUCUUGAAAAAGCGAUGAAUCCUAGCAGAAAAGAUUGGUCCCAGUAG